CGGAGACGCUCCUCACUUCCUCUUCGUUCUUCAGGAAAAGUUUGGGUGUUUUUGGGAAAGUCUCCAGGUUUCCCGCUCCAGGAGAGGAUUCUUCACGGACAAACACUCAACCCCAAGAACACGAUGUCUGUGUCCAGCGCCUCCAGCAGGCCAAUCACUGCCGUGGCCUGGGCCUCCAGCGGUACCACCUGCCCCAGCCAUUUCACCCUGAUCGGCAUGACUGAAGACGGAACCACUGCAAACUUCACCAAAGGCUUCGCCCUGAAGGCUGGAUACUACCUGUGUUACAGCAAGGAUAUGUCGAGUGGAAUGGUGGUGUCGGAUGUUAAGGUGAUUCCUGAUAAAGAAACACUUCCUCAGGGAUACAGCUACAUCCCUGAGUUCAUGGAGCCCAAGGCCUCUGUCUGGAAGAAGAAGCGAGUGUGUGCGCUCCUUGUUCCUAUGGAAAGUGUAACGACCGCCGUUCUGGACAUCCGACUGACGGCCAAGAGCAAAAUGAUGCUUCAGCAAUACACCUGCCUGGGGGAUAUGCUGGGUUAUGUACUGUGGUGUAUGAAGGGGCCAUUCUCCAAUCCUGUACCCCAGGCCAAGCCUCGCCGUAUCAGCUUAGACAUCCGCCAACUCUCACUGGAAGCAGCCGGACCUCCACUUCCUCUCAGACCCAGUAACCUGCCUCAAGUCCCGCCCAAGAUCAGCCACCGCCGCAACACCUUAGACAAUAGAGAGUCCAAGGAGUCACACGACAGCAGUAAUAUCUACGGAAUCACAGCGAUGGACGGAGUUCCAUUUGCGCUGCACCCCAAGUUUGAGACUCCGUUUAACGAAAAGGUGCCUGUAGUCACUCUGGAUGAUAUACGUAUCAAAUCCAUCCAUGACAUAGAAAACGAGUAUCACUACACGUUUGCAGUUGAGGAGUUGGCUGCCAAGCGUUCCCGCCCAUUGUUGUCCUAGUUCUAAGCUCCUCCCACUUCAGCUCCUUGACCCCACCCCUCCUUUUCUUCUGGAUGAAAAUGAAUCUGACCUAAUUUUCUAAAUAUUCCCAAUAACUCAGUCCUUGAGAUGUAAACAGAGCGGUUCAGAGCGGUUUGGUGUGAAAUGGUUCAGAUGUCUUUACAGUGGUGGUGAUAGGAACCAGGGGUCACCAUGACUACAACACAAAUAUAGA